AUGGCGACCGCUGCCAUUCAGAACGUCUCCGACGAGACCCUCCCCAAAGACCCCGUCGUGGUCGAGCCAAUCCAGUCUACACCCACGCCAAUCGUCGUCGACAAAAAGGCCGCCACAAAUGGCGACGAUGAAGCUCUGGAGGACGGCAAGGACUCCGAGGAGGCCACUAUGACUGCCACUCAAAGAAAAAAGGCCAAGAAGAAUGCCAAAAAGAAGGAGAAGAAGAAGCAACAAAGCGUCUCCGGCAUUCCCAAUGAAGAGAAGCCCGAGCAACCCACCGAGUCAGACGCUACUCCUGCUGAGUCCCCGGUGGCCACAGAAACACCCGCUUCAGAUAUCGUUGAAGGAUCUCAUCCUGAGCAGACUACCACAGAGUCAGAAUCGGUGAAGGAGGAAUCCACACCGGCCGAAGCUCCCCAAGAGGCUGCCGAAGCUCCCUCAGAAGAGAUCGUGAAAACAGAGUCCGCAGAGCCAACUGUGCAAGAACCCGAGACUGCCGAAUCCACCACAGAAGAAUCGAAGCCGGUUGAGCCGGCUUCGGAGCCUGUGAAGGAGGAAGCCGCCGCGCCUGCCGUUGAGACCGAAUCUGCCGCCGAAGCCGCUGUCGAGCCCACUCAAACAUCCCAGCCCAAAUCGACCCCGGAAGUUGCCCAAGAGGCUGUCGCCGUCGAAGAGCCUGUGAAGGAGGAGACUCCUGAAACCGUGGAGGCCCCCAAGGAUGUUGUUGAGGAGAAGACCGAGGCUGAGGUGAAGGAUACUCCCGUCGAAGCUACCUCUGCACCUGUGGAGGAAUCGACCCCCGCCCCUGCUGAUGAGAAGGCCAAGGAGGUUGAGGUCGAAGAGCCUGCUCAGGUCGAGGCUGAGAAGGAGACACCUGUUGAAGCCGCCACUGAGGUUGUCACCGAGGAGACUCCUGCUCAAGAGGUUGUUGAGGAGGCCGCUGAGCCUGUCGCUACCGAAGAGCCUGUCGUCGAACAACCAAUCGAAGAGUCCAAGGUUGAAGAGCCCGUUCUAGUUGAGACUGAGAAGGAGACUCCCGCCGAAACCGCCGAUAAGCCCGCCGAGACUACUGCCGCCGCUACCGCUACCGAAGAAGCUCCUGUUGAACAGUCUGUUGAGGAAUCUAAGACCGAGGAGCCUACUGAGACCUCUGCUACUGAAACCGCCAUCGAACAACCAGUCGAGGAACCUAAGACCGAAGAGCCUGCCCGGACUGAGGCCGAGAAGGAAAUCCCUGCCGAAGCCACCCCUGAGGUGAUUACCGAGGAGCCUACGACCGAAGCUGCGACUGAAACUACCACUGAGCCUAUUACCGACGGUAAGACUCCCGUUGAAGAAGCUAAGGUCGAAGAGCCCGUCGUCGAAGAGCCCGCCAAGGAGGCUUCGGUUGAAGAGCCUGUCCUCGAAGAGCCCAAGGUUGAGGAGCCUGUUCAGGAGACCACCACUGCCCCCAAGAUUGAAUCGACCAAUGCCGAUGUCGAGACCGCAGAGGCUACUAAGGAGGUGACUCCCGAGCAUCCUGCUGAGACCAAGGCCGAGGAGACCCCGGUUGAAGAGAUCAAGACUCAGGAUGCUCCUGCUGCCAUCGAAGAGCCUAUUGUCGAGAAGGCCGUUGAGGAGCCCGUCACCGAGGCCCCAGUGGAAGAAGCACCGGUUGAGGAAGCCAAGGAGGUUGCUUCUGAGGCUCCUGUUGAACCCAUUAACGAGACUCCUGCUGAGACCCAGCAAGAGGCCGUUGAGGAGCAAGAGAUUGCCGAGCCUGUUGCCGCUGCGGAGCCUGUCGUUGAAGCUCCCACUGUAAAGGCCACCACGACUGAAGAAGAGCCAGUUUCUGAGAAGGCCAUUGAGGAGCCAACCGCCGAGGCUCCAGUAGAGGAAACCCUUGCUGAAGAAACCAAGGAGGUUACCGCUGAGGCCCCUGUUGAGGCCAAGGAAGAGACUAUCGAGGAGCCUGUGGCCGAGAAGGAGGAAGCCCCUAUCUCUGUUGAGGCUGUCACUGCCGAUGCCCCGGCUACCGAGCAGCAAAAGGUUGCUGAGCCCGUCGUCGAAGCUCCUGUUACUGAGGAAGCUCCCAUCACCGAGGCUACAUCCGCUGUUGAGGAGACCCCCGUUGCCGUCGAUACUUCUGUUGUCGAAGCCCCUAUCGCCGAGGAAGCUCCCAUCACCGAAGCUACACCCGCUGUUGAGGAGACACCCGUUGCUAUCGAGGCUCCGGUUGUCGAGGCUCCUGUUGCUGAGGAAGCUCCCGUUGUCGAAGCUCCCGUUGCUGAGGAAGCUCCUGUCGCCAAGGAAGCUCCUAUCGCUGAGGAGACUCCUGUUGUCGAGGCUCCCGUUGCUGAGGAAGCUCCCGUUGUCGAGGCUCCUGUUGUCGAGGCUCCUGUUGUCGAGGCUCCUGUUGUCGAGGCUCCCGUUGUCGAGGCUCCUGUUGUCGAGGCUCCGGUUGUCGAAGCUCCCGUUGCUGAGGAAGCUCCUGUCGCCAAGGAAGCUCCUAUCGCUGAGGAGACUCCUGUUGUCGAGGCUCCCGUUGCUGAGGAAGCUCCCGUUGUCGAAGCUCCCGUUGCUGAGGAGGUUCCCGCUGUCGAGGCUCCCGUUGCUGAGGAAGCUCCCGUUGUCGAGGCUCCGGUUGUCGAGACUCCUGUUGUCGAGGCUCCCGUUGCUGAGGAGGUUCCCGCUGUCGAGGCUCCCGUUGCUGAGGAAGCUCCCGUUGCUGAGGAAGCUCCCGUUGUCGAGGCUCCGGUUGUCGAGACUCCUGUUGUCGAGGCUCCCGUUGUCGAGGCUCCCGUUGUCGAGGCUCCCGUUGUCGAGGCUCCUGUUGUCGAGGCUCCUGUUGCUGAGGAAGCUCCCGUUGUCGAAGCUCCCGUUGCUGAGGAGGCUCCCGCUGUCGAGGCUCCCGUUGCCGAGGAAGCUCCUGUCGCCAAGGAAGCUCCUAUCGCUGAGGAGACUCCUGUUGUCGACGAGGCUGCUGCUACAGAGGAGCAUAUUGUGGAACCUGUUGUCGAGGCAGCUCCUAUCACUGAAGCUGCACCCGCCGUGGAGGAAACCCCAAUUGUUGAAGAGCCUACUAUCGAAGAGCCUGUUGCUGAGACUAUUCCUGCCGUCGAAGAGACCGUUGCCGCGGAGGAGCUGGUUGCCGAAGCCGCCAAGGAAGAACCUAUUGUUGCGGCUGCGGCUGCCGAGGAGACUUCUGAUAUCGACGAUCCUUUUACCUCUGAAAAGGAUAUCGCUGAGCCUGCUUCUGAGCCUGCUGUUGAAAAGCCAGUCCAGGAGGAAGAGCCUGUUAUCGAGGCUUCUAAGGAGGUUGUUGAGGAAUCCCCCGCAGCCGAGGUUUCCACCCCUGCUGAGAAAAAGAUCGAGGAGCCUGCCAAGGCUCUUGACGAGACCUCUCUCGCCAAGGAGGAGCCCCAGGUCGAGACUAAGGCUGAAGAGACUCCCGCUGAGGCCCACGUGGAGGAGACUCCUGCUGUCGAAGAGACUCCUGUUGUCGAAGAGACUCCCGUUGUCGAAGAGACUCCCGUUGUCGAAGAGACUCCCGUUGUUGAAGAGACUCCCGUUGUUGAAGAGACUCCCGUUGUUGAAGAGACUCCCGUUGUUGAAGAGACCCCUGCUGUUGAAGAGACUCCUGCUGUCGAAGAGACUCCUGCUGUUGAAGAGACUCCUGCUGUUGAAGAGACUCCCGUUGUCGAAGAGACUCCCGUUGUUGAAGAGACCCCUGCUGUCGAAGAGACUCCUGUUGUCGAAGAGACUGUAGAGACCCCCGACGAGACCAAGGACAGCACGGUCACCCCCGAGAUUUUGGCAGCCGGAGCUGCGGCGGCGGCGGCCGGUGUUGCUGCCGUUGGUGUCGCCUCGACUCUGCAUAAAUCCGACGCUACUCCCACCGAGGCUGAGCACCAGGAUUCGGCCGAUAAGAAUGAGCCCGUCGACAACAAGACCGAUACCAGUAAGCUGUCGCCGUUCAAUUUUGCGCAAAAUGCGUCCGUACCAUCCUUCGAUGCUGAUCCGGCUCUCGCAGCCCUUGCUGGUGACCGUGAAGCCCUUCUCCACAAGCUUCAACAGCCAUCCACCGACCAGCUGACCGCCACCAUCGCCGAGCAAUCGUCCAACGACAAGAAGGCCACCGUCGAGACCGAAGCGGAGCCCACUGAGCCGAGCAAGCUGACCCCCGAGUCUGCAGCCAACAAUGCGAAUGAGGAAGAGGCUCGUCCAGUGAGCCAGAACCGGUCAGUGACAGCUGUUUCUCUGAAUGGAGGAGGUGACAACUGGCUCAAGGCGUUCCUGCGCACGGUGUUUGUUGGCUUCUUCGGCACAAUCUUUUCGCCUUUCCGCCGUCGUGGAAAGGACCACAAGUAA